CCACUUGCGUCAGGCUUGCAUUAUGAGAGCAACAUGCUGAUUUGUCAAGGCUCUCGCCGCGCUGAACGAUGCCUCGUACCCGUCCAUGCCAAACAGCCUUCCAUACCACAAGUCCAUGCCCGAAGGAGCCAGCGAAAGCGCAGUCCUCGACGGCCCGUCUUUGUCAUCAUUCCAGGCUGUCGACCGCACCAAACAGCGAAUGAGGCGAGCCAGCGAUGGCUCGCGUCUUUCCAAGAAAGAGAAGGCCGCAGGUGGGGAUCUGAAGUGCGAGCAAUGUGGGAAGGCGUACAAACAUGGCAGCUGCCUCAACAAGCAUCUCUGGGAACACACUCCUCAAUGGCAACUCACCUCCAAACUCCUCAUCUCCAAACAUCAACAGGUGCAACUCCUCGAAGCAGCCUCGGUGCUCGUGGCCAUGAACACGGAUGGCCCGCAAGCAGCUCACGACAGCGACUCUUCCUCGCCCGCCGCUUCCGGCUCCUCGGAACGCGAAGAGGAUCCGCCCAGCUCGCCCGAGAGCUCCCCAUCGCCUCGUCAGACUCAUCACACCUACCGAGAUCCCGCGGACAACGACAACAAGCGCUACAGCAACGCAAGCGUCAACUCCUACUCCCGCUCUUAUCAAUCCGUCUUCUCCGAACCCUCCUCCUACCCACACCACCGCCAUUGGAGUAAUGACGCAGGUAGCAGCAGACCUUACACCGCCGAUGCCUCUGUUGUCGCCGCUAGCUACCCGGAUGAAGAUCCGCAAGAACUCGCCGCGGCCGUUGGCUUGUUGAGCUGCAGCUAUGGCACGCCAAAGAUUGGCCCCACCCCCGAUGAUGUCCCGCCUGUGCCUCCGCUACCAGAGAAGUACGCCAACCGUUUCCACCACCCACGCACGAGGAGUUUGAAGGCGUUUUCGGCAAGAUGGAUGCGUAAUCCGAUCUGUGGAUGACAUACGACCCCUUGCCUUUUAUUUCUGCUUGGAUAAAUUGCUUGCACCGGUCGUUCAGGAUGUUUGACGGGAACGGGUUUCAGCACUCUGGACGUGGAGGCGUUUCUUUCCUUUCCGUGCACACACACUCUCUUUUGCACACGAAGGACGAAACGGGACUUUUGACAACCAAUUCAAAAAAGAUAUUACGAUCAUGGGAGGUGGCAACGGGAGAAGGGGGAGCUCAUGGAUAGCAUACCCGCCUUCCUCCUU